UUCAGUCGACAUGACUGAGAUUUUUGAGGUAAUGCCAUGGUCGCAAUUCUUCUCCCUUUUAGGUUACGCAACAGAUAGCAAUUGUGAAAGUACACAUCAAUUGCAUCGGUAGAGUUUUAAGAGUAAAAUGCUGUAAUUAGGUUGACUCUGAUCGUCUGCCUACCUCUCUAUUGUUUGGGACAGUAACAUUUUUCCAUGUCAUUGCAGGGUACGUACAGCAGUCAUGGAGUGGAACUUGUAAUGAUUUCUUUUACCGACCAGAAAAUGACAGGCACAAAGAUAACGGUAUGUAACUCGAGGAGCACAAAUGGAGAUUGCUUGUUUAAUCUUUUUUAAAAUCCUGCCUUUUAGAGCGGCCUAUUUGCCGUCUCUUAGUCGGAAUUAAAUGUGUCCAUUAACCCUUUCACUGCUUUGGGAGGUUUGUAAGGUGACUCAAACUUUUGAGUCUGCGGACCAAAUCCUAUGAUGUGACCAUUCAAAUGAAAGCUCUCUGCUUGUACUUACACAUGGUGCCAUUUGUUUUUCAAAAUUUUAGAAAAUGAAAUUUGGAAAUCUGUUCGAAAUUUACCUUUGGCGAUAUUUGGAAGUAAAACGCUUAAGAAACUGUUGCGUGGCAAAACAGCACGACGCCACCACUUGCUCCCCCGCGAAAUAACGUCUGAGAAGCGAGCGCAGAAAUUCCAUACUAAGACUUGGCAUUACCCAGAUUAGCCUGUGAAAACAGUCGUCUCUUCUCGCUCCUCGCCGUUUAGGACGUCUGAGCCAAAGCGACAGAAAUUCCAUACUGAUGAUUUAAAAGCUGUCCGGAGUCUGGUCAGGAACUCUGACUGGUCGACGUAGUAGUUAUAUUGUUACGAACGAUAGCUAAAAGGCAGACAGUCACAAAGGUCACAUAUAGACGCGAGGAAUCUACUACAAACAAUCAAUAUUCGUGAAAUAUAUUAUUCUUCAGAGAAAGCAUUUAAUUUUGCUGGAGCUCGUUCGUAGAAGAGCUCAAAACUUUACCAUGAUCAACCAUGAGAAACAUGAAAAGGUCUAAAAAGUAACAAAUUUACUUUUGGAACCCCAUGACUACCGGAUUAAUUAUGUCAACACUGAUUUACGUCAUCAGUAUGGAAUUUCCGUCGCUGAUGCGUAGACGUCCCUCCUGGCGAAACGAGGAGCGAGAAGAGACGGCUGUUUUCGCAGGCUAUACUCAGAUCUAGGAAAUGCCUCUGAUUGGUCGUGCCGCGUGAAAAAAUUGCCUCAACCAAUCAGAAGCACUACCCAGAUCUGGGUAGUUAUACGUCAUCAUUAUGGAUUUUCUGCGUUCCAUCCUCAGGCGUCAUUUUGCGUGGCGAAAUUUCGUCUGUUUUCUCAAGCUAGGUAAGAAGUAAUUAUGAAGCGUAGUUUCUACCUUACCUACUCGCCUUUUACAGGGAGACCCCAAUGUGCCAGGAGGGGAGGUGACGUUUGAUGUGGAUCUUACAAAGCCGUUACCUGAUGAAGCAGCAGCCAAUAGUGGAGAGCCGAAAACGUUUAGUCUCCCUCAAGGUUAUGAGGCCAGAUAUACAGACUUUCCCAGCCACUACAAGGCUAGGUAAGAGAUUUUUUGUUUUAGGCAUAGAAUUUUCUUCUUGGGGGUGGGGCUUUGGCCCUGUUCCGGGGGUUGAUCCUUCUUCCGGGGGGGGAGGUCUAUUAAAAUACACGGAUAUGUACCACCCUUUGGAUUACUGACACUACGCUGACAAAGAAGCUGCUGUUUGCGAAAUAUAGGCGUCCAUACAAACGGAACACUUGGAUAAAUAUCGCUGAAUUAUUAAAGGGACUGGUUCACGAUAAUGCGCAUGCGCGCCGUUUGUCUCUUCAGAAUAAAUUUGUUGGGUCAACACUAAAUUCGAAAUCGCCAUUACCGGUACAAUCAUUGAAAAUCCUUCGUUUUAUUCGGACAUCCGUCGCUUUGGCUGGUCUAGUUAUACUUCGGUAGUGGUGAUUAACGUGUGGUUGUGUCGUUUGACUGGUUACGUUUUAAGAAGACGCAAAAAAUAAUGUUUGAUCAUGGAGGUUGAGAAGAGCAUCGUGGCCGUCCGGCAACAGGACGUUCUCAAGAGUCUCUGGAGAUAGAGAAGCUUAGCCCAUCGAUCUGGUAUGGUUCUAGGAGUAGUGUGUGGCAUACGAAAAGAAUACACGACACUUGGAAAGUGGUUAAAGGCAUGAGUUCGUUCAACUUUGAUUUGAUUUUUGACUCCGACCUGUAGUUAUACCGCAACAGGCCGCGCGAUCUUCACCGAUCUGGUACACUUGAAAUGUUCCUUGUAUCUUUGCUUUACGAUCGUAUAUGUUUAAGAAUUGAUGUUUUUAAAAUAAAUUAUUCCCUGAAUAUUCUGUUCAUAAUCUAGUUUCUUUAUGUGUGCUACUCGAUGACAUUUGUUUUGCGGAACACUGACCCGAUGCAACGCGAAUGAAUUUGUUCAUUUGCUGAUAAGCAAUUGAAAUUUAUGCUCAAUUAAGGAUAAUCUUUAUAAUCAUACGUUGUGUGUUUUUGUCACCGGUCCGGCGCUAUUUGUAGGUAUUUCUGGGUUUAUAUAAGGCGAACUGAGAGAACAGUAAUAAGAUGUUUGUUUACAAAUUUUGUUUGCCGAUCGGUGACUGUUUUGUUAGCGUGGGUACGACCUCGUAAAAAUACACGUUGGUAAAUGUUUGUUUCAAAGCAGGACAGGGCUGUAAAUCUUAUUCUUAUCGGCUGCAACAUAUAUCUGAGGAGUAGCAAAGAAUAAAAUUGAAUUAUGGGGAUAAAUAAAAUCAAACCAAAUGCCCGGAAAUACUCUCGCGUCGCGAACAAUUAAUUUGAAUUUUGUAAAUUUACUUGCGUGCAUCUAACUCGCUUCCGAUUGGUUGAAAAACAAUCAGCUACUGUCAGAACUCACACAUGCGCAUUAUCGUGAACCAGUCCCUUUAAAUGUCUCCAUUGAUCAGGCAAAGAGGUCUACACAAGAUUCGCUGCACUGGUCGACCGUGUAUUCGCCCGUUCAACUCCAUGGUAAUAGGUUUACCGUCUGGGGGAUUUUAACUGUACGGUACUUUAAUGUGAUUAGAACGUUCCAUAUGCGAGGUUUUUUCUAAAACAGGGGUAUAAUAUAACCUCUCCUUAUCGACACCUGUAAUACGAAGGUUUCACAGUGCGCAAAAGCUUUACAAUAUCCACAGAGUUAAAUUGGUUCGGAAUUAAUGUCAAUGAAACAUUCUCCUUAAACAGGGUCCUAUUUCUGUUUUGUAAAUGUCGACCAGAAAAUCACCCAAGUACCCUCCCCUCUGUUGUCAUGGAAACCUCGGGGUCUGAUAGAAGCAAAAACCAGAAUCUACGAGACUAACGAAAACAUUCUGCUUCAUGUUGUAUUUCUCUCUAUUCGGGUGUAUUAAUACUGUCAUUUAUCUCUAAGCUGCACAACCCUGAAACUAGCCUUUUUUUACCUGAGCUCUUGUUUUGUUUUUGUUUGUUUGUUUGUUUGUUUUUUUUUUUGCUGAAAGAGGUAAGGCAACGGUUACGGUAUUACGUUAUGACGUUACGCGCCAAACGAUCUCUAAUAGUUUCAGUAAACCGUGGAGACUAGCUCAUACAAGAAUUAAAAACUAGUAGUUCAUUAUUUUCAUCUAACAACGUUUUGGAUACUUGGCAUCUAACUGUUGUCGACAGUCUUGGUCCAAUUCGCUCGCGUCCAACUUUCUUUUUCUCAACAAUGGAAACCAUUCAGUGGCGUGCAUCGUCCUGUAUAUUCUCCCAACGGUUACUGUCUAACAUCUGAAUUAUUUUGGAAGAUAAGAUUUUGAUUUAGGAUUAAGAUUAUUUUAGGACAUUCGUACCAUUGUCACGGUAAGACCAACAGAGUAGAACUUGAAUCCAAUUGAAUUUGUACCUAGAGAUAAACCCUUUGACGUGCUCUCGAGAUUAUUACGUCCCUAGUGGUUCUUUUCGUCCCACAAGACCCAAAUCAGUUUCAAGGAUCCUUUCCGAGAAGAAUAAAGUCUGUAACCAGCUGCAGAUGUAAAGCAGAUAGCAUAUGCUUUGUCAGGUAUUUUUAGAACCUUAGUGCUGGUCCGGCUGCCGGCACUUAAACCCAAGCCUCUGAAGCCUGAUACCUAAUCAACUGAGUCAACUGAGCUAACCAGUCAGUGGUUAUAGAAAUGAAUCCUGUGCUAAUCGCAGUACAGUUGUUUUCUCCUCUCCCCUAUUUUCCUGUUUUCUUCUCCGUUACAUUGGGUUUUUUUUCGGUUGGUCCACAUCUCAUCAUGGCACAAUCAUUUCCCGCGGUUUUUGUGAUAUAUUUUACGUGCGUUUUUAACAUAUUUAUCUCCUGUUUAACCUGUCUGUAGAUUUCACAGCGUCGGACAGAUCGCUAGCCAUGGGUUUGUGUCUCCUCAGUGGACUCCUGCGCACUUUGUUUUGUUUAACGAUGACUUGUUUGGUUUCCUAUGGAUUGAAUUGAUGGCGUUCAGUGUCUAUAGUCGAGUGACUGAGCCUUUCCUGAAAUGA